CGUAUCGUGAGCUAACCAUCCAAAGUCAAAUGUUUGGUUAUAUUUUUGAUGUGAAAAGUAAACAAAGUUUCGUCACUCCAAGUUGAAUAAAAUAACUAGUUAUUGGACCUAAUCUUUAAUUCAAUCCAAUUGAAUUUGUUAUUAUUGAAGAAAAUGACAAAAUCUGCACUUUUUGUUUGCCUGGGCAACAUUUGUCGAUCACCAAUUGCAGAAGCAGUGUUCGGUCAGGUUGUGAAAGAUAGAGGAGUGGAAAGUGAAUGGAAAAUAGACAGUGCAGCAUUAGGUGGAUGGCAUGUUGGAAAUCCUCCAGAUUCAAGAGCUAGUAAAAUAUUGAAAAACCAUGGAAUUUCUUAUCAGGGUAGAGCCAGACAAAUAGAAGAUAACGAUUUCAAAGAGUUUGACUACAUAUUCGGAAUGGAUAACAAUAACAUUUCCAAUUUACGAGAGCAGCAACCAAAAGGCAGCAAAGCGAAAGUGUUGUUAUUAGGGGAUUUCGAUCCUGAAGGUGAUAAAAUUAUCAGAGACCCCUACUACGAUUCCGGCAGUGAGGGAUUUGAAAAGUGUUAUCAACAAUGUAUGAGAGCUUGUAAUGGAUUUUUGGAUCAAAUUAAAGAAAAGAAAAUUUAAGGAACCGUUUCCAUUUUAUUUUUUGUUGCUUUAUGUGAAUUUCAAAGAAAAAUAAAAAACGUUUUAAGAUUUUAA